CAGUACCCUCACUUUCUCAAAAGAGAAGGCAACAAGCUACAAAUCAUGCUUCAGAGACGAAAACGGUACAAGAACAGGACCAUUCUGGGAUACAAAACUCUGGCAGUUGGGUCGAUCAAUAUGGCGGAGGUAAUGCAGCAUCCAACGGAAGGUGGCCAGAUCCUCACGCUGCUCAGUAACCUCAAGCAAGCUGCAGUAAAAGUGGCUGAAAUCUGGAUCUUUGCGCUGUCCAGCCAGCCAAUUGAUCAUGAGGACAGUUCAAUGCAGCCUAGUCAGAAAAUAAAAUCAACAGAUAAUUACUCAGAGGAGGAGUAUGAAAGUUUUUCAUCUGAGCAGGAAGCAAGUGACGAUGCAGUCCAAGGACAAGAUAUGGAUGAUGAUGAAUACGAUAUGGGUAAGCCAAAAAAGCAACGGCGUACAAUCGUAAGAACAACCUCAAUCACAAGGGUUAGUGGAAUUUAUAUCCCUUGA